UCUUAUUCUGACACAAUUCAAUUGCAUUUAAGUUCAGAGUUUGACAGAAGAGAAGACCAUGUCUUUUUGUAAUUUUCCUUACACAGCUGACAAGACUGUGAAGAACAGGGCUUUGAUAGUGUCUGUGGAGAACUUCUUUUCAGAUAAACAGCUGAACAAGAGAAAUGGUGUGAAGAGAGACAAUCGACGACUUCACAAAAUCCUCAGCAAGCUUGGAUUCUCUGUGGACAUCAGAAUGGACAUUAAUGCAGAUGAGAUCUAUAAAGCAUUUAAAGCAGAGAGCAAGACGACGGUGAAAGACUGUUUUGUGGGUGUCAUAUCCAGUCAUGGUGAGGAGGGUGUUGUGUUUGGCGCUGACGGAUGUGCUGUGAAACUGGCCGAGAUCUACAGCUACUUUGGAGGCCCGUCGAUGGCAGACAAGAGCAAACUCUUUCUGAUCCAGGCUUGCCGAGGGUGUGAAUUGGAUGGAGGUGUGGAGGUGGAGGCAGAUUCUUCAUUCUCAGAGGAAGAGAACGGCAUGUCCGAGCUGUUUUCCAUUCCUAUUGACACAGCAGUCAUGUACGCCACAUCUCCAGGUUACGGUGCAUUCAUGCAUCCUCUUGGCUCAGAGUUGAUUCAAACCUUUUGUAAAUUGCUAGAAGAUGAAGGAGGUCCAGAUCUGGAGAUCACAAGACUCCUGACUCGAAUAAACUACCAGGUGGCCUACAACUUUGAAUCCAGAGGGAAAGUGUUGGGCGGCAAGAAGCAGAUGCCGUGUUUUGUGACCCGCUUUACCAGAGAGGUUUUCCCGUUCAGAAAGACGGCAGCAGCUGAAGAUUUGAGCUUGACGUUUGCAGCAAUGCAGCUUAUCGAUGAACCCAACAGAUCACGGAAGAGCUCCAUCAGCUGAACAGAGACUGACUGGGAAUAUGUGGAGAAACUGAUUCAUGUUAGAUAUCACACUAUCUCAUUUGAUGAGAUAACAUAGCAUCACGUAAAGUCGUACGGGCAAUAGGAAGUGAGGUGUUGGGAAACGUGCAGGAUGUGACUUGUUUUAUAGUGCGGUGUUUGCUACUUUCUUUUAUGUAUUUUCCUACAGUAAAACAAUCAUUUUCCGUUUCAUUUGAAAGAAAAUAUCAAAAAUUAUAUUUAUAUAUAAAUCUUGAAAGUGUUUAUCUGUAUUAUUUAUAUGUGACAUUCAAAUAAAACCUAAACUGGACAAUUCUUGAA